UUUUCCUUAGUCGGAAGCUAAGCUAGUCGUUGUUACAACAAUAACAUGUGUUAUUUCGUCUAUUUGUUUUUCAGCAACAGUUUUAAUAAUCGACAGCCGACAGGACACCCUGCAUGCGUUUCACGUCUCAUCCAAGAGGCUUCUUCAAUUCUAACUGGUAGUGGGGAGUACAGCAAAUAUAUAUUCUGGGUGUAACAAGAAAAAAGGCUACUUCACUGGACGGAAGAAAUCUUUAGCAGACUCAGAAACACGGUUCACUAAGCGAUAUUAAACAUGGCUUCAAUUCUCGACGAGUACGAAGACUCACAAAAUUCUAGGCAAAGUGCGCAGCAUCAUAGCCGCUUGUCGAGCACCAACAUCGGUAUAGCACAUUCGGGCUUUGUAAAUGUGAGACUCGAGGAAGAGAAACCGAUAUUCAAUAAGCAGAGGAUCGACUUCACUCCUCCAGAGAAGAUCAACCAUCUCGCAGUCUGCAACAGUCAGCUAUGCAUGAGUUUGGGAAAGGACACCCUGCUAAGGAUUGACUUGGCCAAACCUGAACAACCUAAUCAGAUUGAAUUAGGAAGGAAAGACGACAGCAGAGUUUACAAAUUGUUCCUAGAUCCCACAGGUUCUCAUGUGCUGAUCAGCCUAAGCACCAGUGAGUGUCUGUACCUUAACAGAAACACCCAAAAGGCACGUAGUCUGUCCCGGUGGAGAGGACACCUCAUUGAGAGUGUUGGCUGGAACAAGCUGCUCGGCAAUGAGUCCAGCACUGGGCCUAUCCUAGUUGGCACAAGCCAAGGGAUCAUCUUUGAAGCUGAGAUCUCUGCAAAUGAAGGCAGCCUUUUCAACACCAAUCCUGACCAGUACUUCAGACAGGUCCACUUCUUGGAAGAGGAUGGUAAACCAGCGCCUGUCUGCUGUCUGGAGAUUGAACGUGGCUUGGAAAACAAGUAUUUCAUCAUAGCCACUACUCGCAAACGCCUUUUUCAGUUUGUCGGUAAGGUGGCUGAGGGGUCAGAGCAGCAAGGCUUCAGCUCCAUCUUCAACCAGAACCAGGACCUGCUGCCAAGUUUUCAGGAGUUCCCUGCCAAUAUGGGCUACAGUGAGAUUACGUUCUACACCUCAAAGUUACGGACGUCCCCAAAGGCAUUUGCGUGGAUGAUGGGUAAUGGUGUUCUUUAUGGUCAGCUGGAUUACGUGAGGCCAGAUUCUCUUCUCAGCGAUGUGCAGGUGUGGGAGUACACUCCAGACAUUGACAUCAGUCUCAACAAGCCCAUCUCCAUUGUGCUGACGCAGUUCCAUUUCCUAUUAUUGCUUCAUGACCGGGUGAAAGCAAUCUGCACCUUAAAUGGUCAGGUUGUUUAUGAGGAUGUGUUCCCAGAUAAAUAUGGGCCUCUCAAGAGGAUGAACAAGGACCCUGUUGGUGGGUUGAUAUGGAUCUACACAGAGCGGGCAGUCUUCCGGUACCACAUCCAGCGUGAGGCCAGAGAUGUGUGGCAGAUGUACAUGAGCAUGAAUAAGUUUGAUCUGGCGAAGGAGUACUGCCGUGACAGGCCUGAGUGCAUGGACAUGGUACUGGCCAAGGAGGCUGAGCACUGCUUUCAGAAUAAGCGCUACCUGGAGAGCGCCAAGUGCUAUGCACUGACACAGAACUAUUUUGAAGAGAUAGCACUUAAGUUUAUUGAGGCCAAACAGGAGGAUGCAUUGAAGGAAUUCUUGCUAAAGAAGCUGAAUAAUUUGAAACAGAGUGAGAAAACACAGAUAACCUUGCUAGUGACCUGGCUAACCGAGCUCUACCUGAACCGACUUGGCCAGCUGGAGAGUGAUGGUAACACUAUUAUCUUUCAGGAAAUCCGUGACGAGUUCCGUCACUUCCUCAGCAGCUCUAAAUACAAGGAGUGCCUGUUCAACAACCGCAGCACCAUCUAUGAUCUGCUGGCCAGUCAUGGCAAUGUGGAGGACAUGGUUUACUUCUCUGUUGUCAUGCAGGAUUAUGAGAGAGUGAUAUCCCAUCACUGCCAACAUGACGACUUUAGCUCUGCCCUGGACGUUCUUUCCAAGCACUGUGAGGAAAAGCUUUUUUACAAGUUCUCACCUGUCCUCAUGCAGCAUAUUCCCAAGAAAGUGGUUGAUGCCUGGAUUCAGAUGGGAAAAAAGUUGGACCCAAAAAAGCUCAUCCCAGCUCUGAUGAAUUAUAGCCAGAUGGGCAGCACUCAGCAGAUCAGUGAAACGAUCCGUUACAUGGAGUUCUGUGUUUACGAACUCAUGGUAACAGAGGAGGCGAUCCAUAACUACCUGCUGUCGCUUUACGCAAAGUAUAAGCCAGACUCUCUACUGUCUUAUUUAAAGCAGGCGGGCACACAUGCUUCAGAGAUACGCUAUGACCUGAAGUAUGCCCUCAGGUUGUGCGCAGAACAUGGCUACCUCCGGGCUUGUGUCUUGGUUUAUAGGAUAAUGGAACUAUAUGAAGAAGCAGUGGAUCUGGCUUUAAAAGUAGAUGUAGACUUAGCCAAGUCGUGUGCCGAUCUCCCUGAAGACGACGAGGAACUUAGGAAGAAGCUUUGGCUAAAAAUUGCCCAGCACGUUGUGCAAGAGGAAAAAGAUGUGAAAAAAGCCAUGAACUGUCUUUCUAGUUGCGACCUGCUGAAGAUUGAAGAUAUCUUGCCAUUUUUCCCAGACUUUGUCACCAUUGACCAUUUUAAGGAGGCCAUCUGCAGCUCCCUGAAGGAGUACAACCAGCACAUCGAGGAACUUAAGCAGGAAAUGGAGGAGGCUACUGAAAGUGCCAAAAAAAUCAGAGAAGACAUUCAGGAAAUGAGGAACAAAUAUGGAGUGGUGGAUUCCCAAGAAAAGUGUGCUUCUUGUGACUUCCCAUUGCUCAACAGGCCCUUCUAUCUAUUUCUAUGUGGACACAUGUUCCACUAUGACUGUCUGUUCCAGGAGGUAACACCUCAUUUGUCAGCUUACAAGCAAAGUCGUCUAGAGGAUCUGCAGAAGAAGCUGGCUGCAACUACACAAUCCUCCAAGUCACGCCAUCGCCCAUUGCCGAAGGAUGAGGGUGACACUGCCAGUCUGGGAAAGGGCAAUGCAGGCACAAGUCGUGAUCAGAUAAAAUCAGACAUUGACGACAUCAUUGCGUCUGAAUGUGUGUACUGUGGAGAACAUAUGAUCAAAUCCAUUGACAAGCCUUUCAUUGAUCCACAGAAAUGUGAGGAGGAGAAAUCAAGCUGGUUAUGAAGUAUCUCCUUCAUAUCAGCCCACUGGACUGACCUUUUGUUGAAAUGCUUACUGGUGAAACUGUGCCUGCUUCAAUUGCCUAAUACUAAAUACAAACCAUUUUUUUGUUGCAAACUUUGAGACCUUUGCACUUUGUGUGGGACCAUCAGCAGUCAGCUGUGAUCUGCAUGAAUCAAUGAUUUAAAUCAGUGUUAGGUCUGUAAAGUACAUUUAUGUGCCUGAAGAGCUCAAUAAAGGUAAUGUUUAAUUGA